AUGGUGAAGUCAUACGAUAGAUACGAGUUCGAGGACUGCUUCGGCAUUGUCAAUUCGAAAACUUCCAACUGCGUUUUCCUGAACAGUAGUAGCAUUUUGUCAGGGCAUGAUGAAUGUGUAAGCCUAUGGAAUAUACAAGAGAAGGAAAUAAAGAAGAAACUCACAGUACCCUUCACACCUCCGUAUUAUUUUUUCUCCUACCAUGUGACGCACAUAUGUGUAAACCCCAAGGAUAAAAAUAUGAUCGCCGUGGGGUAUGUUAAUGGAUGUAUUAAAGUAUUUGAUUUAGAAUCGAACAAAGUCACUUCGACUUUCUCAGGACAUACAUCAGGUAUAAAUAAAUUGAAAUUUAAUGAGGAUGGUAAUUAUCUAUGCUCAUGUGGGAAGGACACGAAUAUUAUACUGUGGGAUGUGGUAAACGAUCAAGGAUUAUUUAAAUUGGAGGGGCACACCAAUAUCGUUAACGAUAUAGAGUUUCUGAGAAGGAAAAAUAAUUAUGUAGAUAAUUUUGUGAAUAAUAAUUUGCUUAUCAGUGCAUCGAAGGAUUGCCUCAUCAAAGUUUGGGAUUUAAACAUUCAGUUAUGUGUCCAGACUGUGGUCGACUGUGAAGAAGAAAUUACGUCCAUUCUGAUUAACGAAACAAAUACUAGGUUAAUCGUCGCUUGCAAUUCUGCCGUGAAGGUGUACAAAGUUGACAUCAACGUUGGUGGGCACGACAAGUUUAGUAGCUCCUCGAAGGUGUACUUGACCUUCCUAACCUCCAUUAAACGAGCCAACAACAGUCGAAUACAAAAUAUGAAGAUGAUUUUUCUUGUUCAAAGUGAGGACCACUACGAUAGCCUCGAUGUGCAGGAGGAACGUUUGCUUUAUGAUGACGAUGAGGAAGAUGAGGAUGAAAAUAUUUGGAACCAUUCGGAAAAAAAACAAGCCGAAGACGGAGAAGAUGCUUCAGAUGAUGGCACCACCAAUGAUGGGAAUGCAAAGGGGAAAAAACCAAACCGGAAUGAAGACUCAACAGAGAAUUUGCCCUAUGGGAAGAAACCCAAUUCGGGCCUCAAUCAAACCGAUAAACACAUUUUAAGUGUUAUAAAGAAAUCGCUGAACAAAUCGAUAAAAUUGUGCAACCGAAGUAGUUACUGCGCAGAUGGGGACAACAAUGGAAUCCUCCUCUGUUGUACGAACUCUAAAAAAAUCGAGUUGUACAAAAUAAACUCUAUGAAGAACCAGAAAAAAUCAGAAAAAAAUAAAAAAAAAAGAAUCUUGGAAAAAUUAAAGAAGAAAAAAAAAGCCAUUUUGAAAGAAGCCCAAAGGGUAGAGAAGUUUAAAGGAACACAAAACAUAGAUUUUACUAACUUGAUGGAGGAAGUGAAAAGUCUGGAGGAAGAAAUUGCUGUACAUGGUAAGUAUCACUUCCACACAGCCAAUGAUGAGGUAAAGUUUUUGUUUCAUUACAACUGCAAGUUCAGGCUACAAUACCUGGACGUGUACCGCAGAAGGAAGAGGGACACCUAUAUCUACCUACUCGCAGCGUACGUGACGAAUCGUUUGAGCGUGUUCCAAGUGAACCUCUUCGACGUUUUGACUAAAAGGGAUGAAUUCGUCGUCAGGGGGGGUGACGAGGAAAUACGCAAUGAUGGCAAGGGCGAUGGUGAGGAGGAUGUUGGGGAGGAGGAUGAUAAGGACGACGAUAACGAUGAUGAGAAAGAUGAUAACGAAGAGGAAGAAGAUGAUGAUGAGGACGAUGAAGAUGACGAUGAUGAUGAUAAGGAGGAGGAGGAAGACGAUGGAAAAGACGAUGACCAAAGCGAUGAUGAUGAAUCCAAGAGGGAUCACGCUCCCAAAGAUGAAGCACGCGGAGACCUCGGCGCGCCUGCCAAAAUUGUGGAGAAAAAAAUUUAUGAUUACUCCAAGUGCUUCAAGGAGACGUGCGAAAUAAACAAGGGGCACAACAGUACGGUACAGUUUUUGAGCCUCUCCGACAAGAACGAGCUGUUGGUGUCCAUCUGCAAGAAGUACGUGAAGGUGUGGAGCAUGCGGACCUUCCAGAAUACCAUCACCAUAAACUUGGAGGGGUGUACAAACGCGUUGUUUUGCGAAGACGAUGAGUAUGUCCUCAUUAGCGACGACACUGGGUACAUCUACCUGUACGAGUUGAGCAACAUUGAGAUGAGGCACUCGUACAAGGCGCACGCGAAUGGGAUCAUCAGCAUGUGCAAGAAUCUGAAACAUAACCGUUUUCUGUCCGUCGGGGAGGAGAGCUACUUGAAGGUGUUUCAACUGUGCUGGCGAGAGGGGGGCGCUGAAUCGAACGGUGAAUCGAGCGACGAAGGAGAGGAGAGCGAGGAUGCCCCAAGGGGCAACCCACCCAAUAGCGCGAAAAAACGGCGGAGAAUAAGCACCACGGGGGAAGGCCAACCUGCGGAAUUGCACUCGGAGGAGGAAGAGAAGACGGAGAAAACGACCCACCUGACCUUCAACGAAGUGGACUGCUACAACUUAACCGACAAAGUGAGUUGCGCAAUUUAUUCACCCAACGGGAAGUUCAUCUGCGUGGGUUACCUGAACAACUUGAUAGAGGUGCUCUACAGUGACACCCUAAAGCUGCACUUAACAUUGUAUGGACAUAGCCUUCCCAUCACGUGCAUGGACAUAUCAAAAGACAACACAGUGCUGGCGUCCAGUUCAGCAGACAAGUUUCUCUUCCUGUGGAAUAUAGAAUACGGAAGUAUCACGAAGAGGAUGCAUACAAAUUGUGAUGUACUGACAAAGGUGGUUUUCUUUAACAAAAGCAAUAAUUUGAUAAGUGUAUCUAGAGAUGGGUUGAUAAAAAUGUGGGACGCAAUAAAAUUCCAGUGUAUCUGUACCAUGGAUGGGAAUUUUGGAGUUCUCACUUCGCUAGCUAUAAAUAUAGAGGACAAUUAUUUCCUUACGUCAGGAACGCAUCGAAGUAUCAGAUGCUGGAUGAAAAAAGAAGAUGACAUGAUUUUCUUAGAAGAAGAAAGAGAUAAAGAAUUGAAUUUACAAAUAGAGAAGGAGGCUGUCAGAAAUGAUAUAUCUUACCCAUCCUCUGUAGAAAAGAAUGCUCUUCUAAGCAAGGCCACUAUUAAAACGAUUGACACCAUAAAAUCGUCUGAAAAGUUAAUAGAAUACUUGGAUAUAAUUGACGAGGAAUUAACCUUACUGGAUAUUUAUUUUAAAAAUUUAACCGAGUAUGAAGAAGCAAAAAGGAAAAAUGAACUUCCUGAUUUUGUUCAGCCUCCAAAUAAGGUGAAGCCAAGACCAGAACUGCUAAAUAAAAAUCCAUUUGAGUUCAUCAUUGAAGUUAUGUGUCAUAUAAAAAAAAACAUUUUGCAUGAAGUGCUAAUUUCUUUGCCCUUUUCUUAUGCAUAUAAGUUACUAAAUUAUAUCAAGACGUAUUUGAUGGCAUUCUAUUUUUUCCAGCGCAUUCAAAAUGAUUAUGGGAAAUUUAAAAUUUGUGGAGAUCUGAGUUUCCACGUCGAGUAUUCUAUCAACAUCGUCCUGUCCAUUGUGAAUAUAUAUCGGAACCAGUUUUUGUUUGACGUGAAAUUUAGGUUCCUUCUGUACGAGCUGCAUCAACUCAUUAUUCCGCACCUGAGGAGAUCCCUCGAUCAGUGUGCCUUCAACCAAAGCACCCUCAACUUUAUGCUCCAUGGUAUGGACGACGAGGAGGUAAAUGUUGAUGGAGCAUUGUAG